AUGCCAAACGUGUACCUGCGAAGAAAUUCCAGUAAUCGAGGAAGUUGGACAGAGGACAACCUUAAACAUGCUAUGGCAGCAGUUAAAGAUGGUUUAAUGUCCGUUAGAAGAGCUUCUUUAUCAUUUCAAAUUCCUCGCAAGACCUUGGAAAGAAGGCUUAAACAUAAUAACGAUAAAAAAUGGAACCUGGGCCCUGAUUCUUUGUUGGGUACUUCCAAUGAGAUGAGGUUGGUUAGACAUAUCAAAAAUAUGCAGAAAAGCGGAUUUGCCUUAACCAGACAAGAUGUGCGCAGGCUUGCUUACGAAUUCACCAAUCAAUUGGGAUUUAGGCACAAAUUUAACCCUAACACCGAAAUGGCUGGACACGUCUGGCUGCAAACAUUUCUGAUGCGAAACCCCACAAUUACUAUUAGGAAAUCCAAAGGUCUUUCUCCAAGAAGUCAGUCUAUGAACAGAACACUUCACUCCCAGAAAACUAGAUGGGCAUACGUCUCAUUCUACCUCUGUUGAAAUGCUGGAGUAUGCGAAAGAAAAUGACAUAAUUUUGCUAUGUUUUCCUAGUCAUUGCACCCAUUUCUUACAGCCAUUAGAUAGGGCUGUUUUCAAGUCUGUUAAAAAUGCAUUUUAUUCAAACUACAGACUUUGGUUGAAGCGUCAUCCUGGCAGGCGUAUAACACGAUACCAGUUUGGAGAAUUAUUAUCUGAUACCUGGG